CGUAGUUUCCCGCUGAAUAAACACUACCUGUCAGAUUCACGAUGGAUCCAAAGUUCAAUAUUCUGUUAAUUUUCUCUACGAUCAUGGUCACAUUUUAUGGCGUCCAAUCAGAAGAUCAUAUCGGAAAUGUUUGCACCCAUCCUGAGUUCACCUGUUUUAACGUCACACACUUUCAAUACUGCCAUAAAUUCGAAAAUAACACCUCCAUAACUGUAACGGAGCCCAUACUGUGCUCGGUAGGAUCGUAUUGUAUUAGCGAAGGAGACUUCGAAUGCAGCGGCUUGGGUGACCCACCACUAGUCGCAUCGGUGAACGAUCCCACGGUAGUUCCAGCCUACAAGUGCACCGAGGAAGGGAUCUUUGCGGACAAGGACGAUUGUCUCAGCUACUUCACCUGUGUUAAGGAGUCCGACGGUUUCAAAGUGACCCGCAACGGUUGCCUGUAUGGUACUGCCUUUGACCCGGUACUGCAGCGUUGCACCAAUGAUCAAACGCCAUGCUACAAGAACUUCAAGUGCACCAAAGAUGGAAAGUUUGCGGACCCAUCGGACCCCACCCACUACUAUCUGUGCACGUGGAAUGGGCUCGACUAUCAAAUUUAUCACGUGAAGUGUGAAGACGGUAAAAAGUUCGAUGAAGUUUCGGGAGAAUGUAAAUAAUUAUUGAAAUCUCCGUUUUGGAAAUGAAAGCUUAGGGCAAAGAAUACGCGAUUGAUGUAAACAUUAUCACAUAUAGAUUGGAUUGCAAGCUAAAAUGUCUACACUCUUUUCUUCAAAAUUGACUAUUUCCCUGAAAACUUGUUCACAUUAAGGUUUCGGUUGUAUUUUCACUGUAGACCGGCCCUGCAUUACCCUCAUCAUUCACGGCUACUAUGAAAAAUAAAACUAAAAUUAAACCCGGAUGCUUUUGCGAGUUUAAGAAAUAAAUAUAUGGAAAGCAGGCAGAUAAGUGAACGCAUCAAAAUCUGAAUUUGGGAAGCCACAAGGCUGUAGGUGUUCAUCAACAGAUGCCUGCUGUACUUAAUUUAUUCCUGGCGGCCUCACAACUGAAUCUCAAACUUCUUCAAUGUUUUCGCGGAAGAUUGUUCAAAAUGUAGAUUUUAACAAAAAAAUCUUGAUCGGAG